GUCAAAUCACUUGUUUCCUUUGCGCCCAGUUCUCCAUUCUUUUUUCGGAGUCCCUGUGUGAUACUCUCAACCUCAAUUCCCAGAGUAUCUUGUUCGCCAGUUGCGCGACAGAAGUACAACAUGGCGUCUACCGACUCCAAGCCCAAGCCGGAGAGACUCCCCGUGACUGUCUCCAAGCCUACCCCUUACACAUUCGACCUCGGUCAUCUGCUUGCGAACGACCCCAACCCUCUCGAGAUCUCCCGCUCCGAACCCUUGGACGUCAGUCUCAAGGCCACAGCCCGGGAUGGCACCCAGUCUCUUCUCAACCAGCUCCUGACCACCUGCCCCAUCACCUCCUCCCAACAGGGUGUCCUCCUGACUCUGCCACCUCCCACCACUGUCCUCCCUCGCUUCAAGCCCCUUCCCACCCCCAAGCCCCCGACCAAGUGGGAGCUGUUCGCCCGCAAGAAGGGUAUUGGCAAAUACAGCAGCCGGCCUGGCGCGGCAUUGGCCGACAAGGAGCGUCGCAAGAAGUUGGUGUACGAUGAGGAGAAGGGCGAGUGGGUUCCUCGCUGGGGUUACAAGGGCAAGAACAAGUCCGAUGAUGAAUGGCUUGUUGAGGUGAACGAGAAGGAUUGGAAGAAGGAAGAAGAAGCGGCCGCUAAGGGAAGCUCGAUCCGUGGACUAUCUCGCGCCGAACGCAAAGACAGGAUACGCCGCAACGAGAGGAAAAUGAGAGCGAAUGAGCGCAAGAGCCGGAAGUCGGGUGGUGGUUAAAAAACAAAAAGCCGAUGAUGUGUAAUAUGUGCUGUGUGUGUCGUUGUUGUGUCUGAUAACGAUUUUUGUCAAGAGUCGAGGCCGUAUAACAAGUUUCUGCGGAUCUUGCCUUGGUUUUAAUUUUUCGUUCUUUCACCUGGGGCUCAAAUGUUACGGCGUUCGGUUUGGAGUCGCUGGGCUUGGAUGUCUGUCAAUGUUGCCUUUGGUUUGGGACUUGUUCGUCUCGCCGGGCUCGAAAAGCAAUAUCACAUUUUACUACCCCCUUUAAGUAUUUGUCUUAUCUCUCGAUCUUCUAUGGGGUCCGCACCAUAACCGGGGGUACUACUUGACUUCAUCUGUACUACUGUUUCGCUUGUAGAUACGCCUCUAUACUUUAUUUUCAAAUACGAAUAGACCAUCCAGC